AUCAUCCUCUUUUAUUGGGAUCUGUGGGGAACACAUCCAAGAUGCUAAGGACCCCGGGGUUGGGCAAAAGCCUUUGGAAGUCCACUGGUUUCUCCACCUCAUCCAAGCAGACAUGGGGGACCCUCCACAGUCAUCUGCUAAGGCUGGAGCGAUUGUGCUCACAAGGUCCCUGUGCACAGAGACCUCGGAAUGAUGCCUCGCACCUACUCUGGAAGGGCCUGGCCUCUGUGCCGGGGGGUACCCGGCAGUCCCCCAUCAACAUCCGCUGGAGGGACAGUGUCUACGACCCGCGGCUGAAGCCUCUCCAAGUGUCCUAUGCCGCGGCCAGCUGCCUGCAUGUCUGGAAUACCGGCUACUUCUUCCAGGUGGAAUUCGACGACUCCACUGAGGGGUCAGGAAUCAGUGGUGGCCCCUUGGAAAACCACUACAGGCUAAAGCAGUUCCACUUCCACUGGGGAGCGGUGAAUGCGUGGGGCUCAGAGCACACAGUGGAUGACCGUGCGUACCCGGCAGAGCUGCAUUUAGUUCACUGGAAUUCUGUGAAAUACCAAAAUUACAAAGAAGCCAUCAUGGGGGAGAACGGUGUGGCCGUGAUAGGGGUGUUUCUACAGCUGGGGGCCCAUCAUGAGGGGCUGCAGAAGCUGGUGGAAGUCUUGCCGGAAAUAAAGCACAAGGGUGCACGGGCCACUGUGGGCCCCUUCCAGCCCUCCUGCCUCCUGCCCACCUGCCGGGACUACUGGACCUACCCGGGUUCCCUCACCACCCCUCCACUCACUGAGUCGGUCACCUGGAUCAUCCAGAAGCAGCCCAUCGAAGUGGCUCCAAACCAGCUGGCCGCCUUUCGCACACUCCUGUUUUCUGCGCUUGGUGAAGAAGAGCAGAUGAUGGUGAACAACAACCGCCCAGUUCAGCCUCUGAUGAAUCGGGAGAUCCGUUCAUCCUUCCAGGCUGUGGAAGAGGGCUCAGAGGUUGGAAGCAACCUCUGAAAUUGAAAGAAAGAAAGAAAGAAAGAAAGAAAGAAAGAAAGAAAGAAAGAAAGAAAGAAAGAAAGAAAGAAAGAAAGAAAUCGUUGUUUCAGUCUCUGUGCCUUCCAGUUGCGAGGAAAAGAAACCACUUCAAAGAAGCUUUGGAAUGGUAGGGAACGGAAGUGUGGGACGCACGGGGCAUCUCAGGGCCCCCGGCGGGUGCCUGUCCAGCCCCGUGCACCCGCGCCUCCUCGUCUCAGACAGGCGCCCUCUGAUUCUCCACGCGCAUGGCCACCCCGUGCUUGCCGGACAACUCAGGGCCUGGGACCCACGUGCACCGUCUCCACCUCCAGACUUCUGGGUACAGCAGUGUCCUGGGGCUGCUGGGAUGAAUGACCACUAACCAGAGGGGCGAAAGCAACAGAAAUGUGUUUCCUCGUGGUUCUGGAGGCUAGAGGCCUGGUUUGCAGGUGUCGGCCGCGCUGGUUCCCUCUGGAGGCUCCUGCAGAUACGGUCAAGUGCUUUUCCAGUGGCUGCUCAGGACACGGUGCUCCGUUUAGUUGUGGCCGUUCUGGAGGGCGUGGAAUGGCUUCUCCCUGUGGGGUUCUGUUUUUUUGUUUAAUUGUGGUGGAACACACAUUACAUGAUACCCUCUCACCCACUUUUAAGUGAACGGGUAUGUGGUGUUGAUUGCAUUUCCAGCAUCAUGCCACCGACCCCACCAGCCGGCCCCGGAGCAUUCCUCGUCUGGUGAUGGAACCCUGCCCCAAUCCGUGCUCAUUGCCCAUGCCCAACCCCACCCGUGGCGGCCACCAUCCUGGUGUCUGCCUCUAUGACUUUGAUCACGCUAGAA